AUGGUUCUUACAACUAUCGCCAGUGGAGUUCUUAUGUUUGUGGUAGGCAUCGUUGGCCUUCUUCCAUUAAUGCUGGUGAUUUUUGAAAUACUCUUUUUACGUCAAUCUUUAACGCCAUUCCGGUAUUUUAUCCUCUCAAAACUCAUAGCUGAUGGAUUCGAAAUUUUUCUUGUUAUGAUUGUAUUGGUCUCUACGCAGCUGGUAUUUGGUGAAUGGAUGCCGAAGUGUUAUCGACCUGUGGUCGGUUAUUUAGCUCUUGCGCUACAGUACUCGAGUUUUUAUACGUCAGUUGGAAUGACGAUUAAUCGAUUCUUUACUAUUAUGUAUCCGUUAAAAUGUCGUAAAUGGUUUCGACCUAAAGCGAUCAUUGUUAUGAUUUCUAUCUGUUGGUUAUUCGCAUGGGCACACAAUCUUAUCUAUUUGAUACCGGGCUGCGAGUUUACCUUCGACUUUACCAUUAUACGGUUCGUCUUCAGUGAAGAACGAUGUGCUGACAAUUUGUCCCUCUAUCAGGACCUAAUAUACAACAUUGUUCUUUCGAUACUUGUUACAACUAUUGACAUAUUUUCUCUAGCUAAACUGAGAAGGAUGGCUAGAAGAACUGCGCAUGUUUCCAUCAAAACGAGACGUGAAAAACCUUGGUUCCUUCAGGCUACAAUUAAUUCUGCUCUUUAUUUGUUGAUGCUCGUGUGCUUCCACACAUCCGAUUUUUUCGAUGGAACAAACAUUCGCUUCUUUCUGGCGGUGAUAUCCUGGGAAUUAUAUCUGUCAUCAGCACCAUACUGUAUUAUUAUUCUUCAAAAAGAGUUUCAAACACCAUUUCGUAACGUGUGGAAACGAGCUGUCCAUCGUAAAGAGAUAUCUAUUCUUCACGUAUCGACAGAAUUAAAAUGGAAGUCCCAUAGUAGACCAAUUGCCUGA